UCAUUUCCCGUACCGCUUGCGCCACCACACCACAACAGCAGGUCAGAGCUUAUCGGCGGCGGCGGCGAAGAUGGUGUCGCUGAAGCUGCAGAAGCGCCUUGCCGCGAGCGUCCUCAAGUGCGGCAAGGGCAAGGUCUGGCUCGACCCCAAUGAAGUCAGCGAGAUCUCCAUGGCCAACUCCCGGCAGAACAUCCGGAAGCUGGUUAAGGAUGGUUUCAUCAUCAAGAAGCCUCAGAAGAUCCACUCAAGGUCCCGUGCAAGGAGGGCGCAUGAGGCCAAGCAGAAGGGACGUCACUCUGGAUAUGGUAAGCGUAGGGGUACCAGGGAGGCCAGGCUCCCCACCAAGGUUCUGUGGAUGAGGAGGAUGCGUGUUCUGAGGCGCCUGCUGCGCAAGUAUCGUGAGGCCAAGAAGAUUGACAAGCACAUGUACCAUGACAUGUACAUGAAGGUCAAGGGUAACGCUUUCAAGAACAAGAGGGUGCUUAUGGAGAGUAUUCACAAGUCCAAAGCUGAGAAGGCCAGAGAGAAGACACUUUCUGAUCAGUUUGAGGCCAAGCGUGCUAAGAGCAAGGCAAGCCGCCAAAGGAAGAUUGCCAGGAGGGAGGAGAGGUUCGCUCAGGGUCCGAGAGAACCUGCAGCAGCUCCAGCUCCAGCUCUAGCCGCAGCGGCACCAAAGAAAAUUAAGAAGUGAAGGUUUGAUACGAAGCUUUAGCCUUCUGGUACUAAGGACUAGCCUAAUUUUGGAGCGUCUGAACUGUUUUGUUAUAUAUCAAGUGUCGCGUCUCGGUAUCUCGAAUAUCAUAUCAUGUUUGUUCCGUUGGAUGUAGCAGACUUGUUUAUGCAGAGUUUCUUUGAAACAGUUGAUCUCAGAAAAUCUGGUUUUGUUUUAUGAACCUA